AUGGAAGACCGCCGCAGCAAAGCGACGCCGAUGGACUUCCAGUACGAGAAUAUGACGGGGCCUACAGAUGCCACUUCUCCAUUCAUGACACUGGGAAGAUCUGGCAUGAAGCGAACACACAGCGCCUUCAAUUCUCCUUCAAAAGCACAGCCUUUUGGGCUUCGCGAGCCCAAUGGUAGUAGUUUUCUGUUCAGCAGUACCUCGGGCAGAGAUAAGCCUUUGCCAGCCAACCCUCCGCGAUCAUUUGACCCAAAGUUCAAUACGCCCAGAAAGAUGGAGGUCGACUUCUCCAGUGGUGGGGAGACACCGGACACAGAGAUAAACAGUGAAGCCAACACUCCGGAUGUGAUUAGGAAGAAGAGCACUGCCUCACCUACCAAGGCACCCUCCUCGCCGUCGAAGAGCAGUCCAAGCAAAGACCGGCGAAACAGCUUCUUCGGCAAAAUGGGUCGCAUGUUCAAUAGCCCUGGUCGCGGCGAAAUUGCGAAGCGCGAAUACUACUCCGCGAAAAGCGAGCGGCGCGUCCAACGCCGGCGCGCAAAAGAGCUCAAGGAAAUCGCACGCCGCAACUCCACCGAAGAGGACGACGAAGACGACUCCUCCAACAACAAGAGCAAGAAGAACAACACCACAUCCCCAAAAGGCAGCGUCAUCGCCGCAGUCCUCUCCUUCGUCCACGAACACCCCAACCUGCCCCAUAUCCUCUCCUGGUACCUCCAAUUCCUCUUCAACGGGUUCCUCGGCUUCAUCGCCGCGUACAUCGUCUGGUCCUUCGUCGCCGCCAUCAUGGGCGACGUCGACAUGGCAGCCAAGAAAGUCACCGCUGAGACAAUGCGCGAAAUGGCCGUGUGCGCGAAACAAUACCAGGAGAACCGCUGCGACCCGGCCACGCGCGCGCCCGCACUCGAGAACGUAUGCAAUAACUGGGACAAGUGCAUGAAUCAGGAUCCCACCGCUGUAGGCAAAGCAAGCGUGUCGGCCCAUACAUUCGCAAUGAUCUUCAAUAGCCUGAUUGAGCCCAUCAGCUACAAGGCCAUGUUCUUCUCCCUCGCCAUCCUCUCCUCCUUCUUCUACAUGUCAAAUACGGCCUUUGGCUUCUUCCGCAACAAGACCGCAGAGCAGUUCCAGCACCUUCACCAGCAGCAGCAGCACUACAUGCAACCGCCACCCGCGACACCGCAGCGCCAGUACAGCGGCCAGUUCUACACUCCGUACCAGCAGGGGUCCAUACGGAUGGGCCACGAGCCCAUGCCCAGCUUGCCGCCGGGAGCUGGAGCAAGCGAGGAACAACGGCAAAUUGGGUGGUGA